CAGAAGGGUGAAGUAAAAGGAGGAGUAACUCCAAUAAUCACUGUCAUAUAGAAAAUCACGUUUUCCCCUUCAAGAGUUAGCCUAUCUGUUUCUGGCAUCAUGGAGCCUUUCCUUGUCCCUCCCUUUAUGUCUGGUAUAGAGGAGUUAUCACACUGUAAAGGAAAGCGGGAAAACUUUCGGUGAAAUGGGCAUUUAGGUACAUUAUUUUUUGGCCUUUAGAAAGUCUAAAGAUUUGCCUGGAUACUUUAGAGGGUGUUUUGGUUAUGUCAAUGAUGGUGUGCCUUUAGAUGUGGGCACUUGUCCCCCUGCAUCGAUAAGGGUGAUCGCCUUUUCCUCAUCUUUAUACAAGAAUUGAUUCCAUUUCCCUCUUCUUGCAAUUGCAUCUCCCAAGGUGCUUACUUUGUGAGUAAGAGAUCUUCCUUGCAAAAGGUCUGAUCUUUCCUCAAUCACAGACUUCCCUUAAAAGCGGCCAUUCGCAUUCAUUUCCAGUUGUUUCCCAUCUCAUUCUCGAGUCUAAUCUGUUCCCAGAACCAUCUUAAUCCAUCUUUCUCUGUUCUUGCUCCCCAUCUGCGCAAGCUCCGGGCAUGGGGGUUGCGAUAGCUAAACUUGCAAAGAGGUUUAUGAAGAAGAGUGCGCUGAGGAUAGUAAUGGUGGGUCUUGAUGCUUCGGGCAAGACGACCAUCCUAUACAAGCUGAAGUUAGGCGACGUCGUCGCGACGACGCCAACCAUCGGUUUCAACGUAGAGACAGUAGAGUACAGCGAUAUCACUUUUAAUGUUUGGGAUGUUGGAGGACAGGACAAGAUCCGGCCUCUGUGGAGACACUACAUGCAGAACGCACAAGGACUCAUCUUUGUGGUGGACAGCACCGACGCAGCGAGGAUCGGCGAAGCUCGCAACGAGUUGCAUCGGAUCUUAAGUGAGAAGGAAUUAGAUAAGGCAGCUAUUCUUGUAUUAGCCAACAAGCAAGACCUGGAGGGUGCUAUGAACGCCUCCGAAGUCGCUGACAAACUCGGCCUACAUUCACUUGGUCAGCGUCACUGGUAUAUUCAAAGCACUUCUGCAAUUUCUGGACAGGGACUCUAUGAAGGCCUCGUUUGGCUGAAAAACGAUGUCCUUGGCAAGGCCAUGUAGAAGGGUCUCUUGCUUAAUCCUUCAGCAGCAGAAAAUUUUACAAACAUACACUGAUCAGAGUGACGAAUGGCAUCUAUGCUUCAUCUUCCCAGAGUCAUAUGCAAGCCAUGUUUUAGCAAACCGGACUUCCAAGAUAUCAUCACACCUAAAAGUGUAGGUUAAAGAGACGCAGAAUCAAUUCUUUUUUCGGCCAGGGUCAUCGUGAUUGGCCACAGUGAUAGUUGUGAAUUGUAUUCUCAGUUUGGUCUUGCAUACGGCGGCAAAUGAAUACCGAAAGUUUCACCAAUUCAAUGAACGCCCAAAUAAUUAGUGUAGGUUCAUUUAUUAUUGGCCUUAUUGGCCAAACCUCGUCAGCUUA